UUUACUUCCUGUUUCCGUCAACACACGUGUGGAUCUGAGAGAGAAGAGAAGCGACGGAGAACCUGAACAGAACCCCAGCAGAACCUCAACAGAACCCGUGUGGUCCCGGUCCACAGUCCGCCAUGUUGGAGCAGCUGGGUUUGAUCGGGACGAUCCGGGACGAGGAGGAGAGUCCGGAGGAGCCCGACACCGAGUCCGAGCAGGAGGACGAGCCGAUCGUCUUGAACAGGAAGAAGAAGUUUGGGAGUCGAGGAGCGAAAGACUUCAAUGCUGACUUCGAGUUUGGAGAGCGAGACGCUCUGAGCCGGGAUGACGACUGGGUGAUGGCUGACGUUAUGAAACAGAUCAAGAACAAGAGAACCGCCACCACGCUGGACCAGAAGAUCGAGAAGGUCCGAAAGAAGAGGAGAGCCGAGGUGAGUCCGAAGGUUCCACUUCCUGUCUGUCAGCCUCUGUGUUGUGUUGAGUCCGUUAUCCUUGGAGAGGUUUUGGGCUGUCCCAGCUGAAAAGUAACCAUGGUGACAGAAGCGUGGCGAUCUCUGUGGUCAGGGCUGUGAGACAAUGGUCUUGCGUGAUGUUGGUUGAUAUUUGGCAUUUGGUUAUCUAACGUUAGAUAACGUUACCUUUGAUUGUAUCAUUGUUUGAAGAGCGAGAACUCUCAUCUGACUCACCAUCAUCGCUCAAAACAUACUUGAAUAAUAUCCAUGUAAUG